GUAACCAUAGCAUAUGUAUGUCCAUAUACCUGAAAAUCACUGCAGAUACAAAGAUACACGGGUGGGAUGGAUAUAAGGAGGCAGCGGGUCCCAGUCGAUUUAAGGCAAAGGGCUGGGUACUGCUGUUUCUUGCAAUUUCGGCCUCGACAGCAAGUGAAUCUUCACAGAAGGUCCUUUCUGCCUGCCUGUCUAAUCCCUGCCAAAAUGGGGCGCUCUGUCAGGAAGCCCCAGUGAACUUCCUGUGCUGGUGUGCUUCCGACGUGCCUCCUCGCUCCGGCACGAGGUGCGAGGAGUCCGAAGGCCCGUGCCGCCCCGUGUCCUGCCAGGAGAAGGUUUCAUGUACCCCACCCCCCACGGGCUCCGGAGAGCUCGUCUGCCAGUGUCACCUGGGCUACUGCGAGCCUCAGGUCCAGCUCUGCGCCCGGCGCCUCUGCGGCGGGGAUGUACAGUGUCACCGCUCUCCCCGCCUCCGCGAAGAGCCCAAUUACACCUGCAAGUGCAAGGGAGGCUAUGCGGGUGCCCACUGUGAGGGCCGCGUGAACCACUGCGUCCCGAACCCGUGCCGGAACAGGGCGAUCUGCAGGAGCAAGGGGGACGCAUAUGCCUGCUACUGCGUGCCAGGCUUCCAGGGUAAACACUGUGAGAUCGAGGUAAACGAGUGCGCUUCCCAGCCCUGCCAGAAUGGAGCCACUUGCACGGACAGGAUUGGGAGGUACGCCUGCCUUUGCAAGCCGGGCUACACAGGUUCAAACUGCGAGCUCCAGACUGACGAGUGCCAGUCCCGGCCCUGCCUGAAUGGCGGCAGUUGUCAUGGUUACCUAAGGGGCUUCUCCUGCUUAUGCCCGGCUGGUUUCCAGGGAGACUUCUGUGAAAUCAACAUUGACGAAUGCCGAAGCCAGCCGUGUCAGAAUGGGGCCCUCUGUGUUGAUGGAGUAAAUGGUUACAGCUGUGAAGCUCCCAUAAUGCCGUGUACAUCCCAGCCCUGUCUCAACAACGGCCUGUGCCAAGAGAAGCACGGAAACUACACAUGUAACUGCUGGCCAGGGUACCAGGGCAGUCACUGUGAGGUGGACGUCAGUGAGUGCAGCAGCAGCCCCUGUCUCUCUGCCGGCGUGUGCCAUGAACUCUCCUGGGAGGUGAUGUAUGGUAGGGAGCCUCUCCUGCCAGGCCGCUUCCGCCCCCAGCAAGCUGCCGGCUUUGUCUGCAAAUGUAAACCUGGAUUGAAAGGUACUUUUUGUGAAGAGGACAUCAAUGAAUGUGACCAGGACCCGUGCAAAAAUGGCGGUAUAUGUGUAAACAAUCAUGGAGGUUACACAUGCCAGUGCUUACAACAGAGCCAAGAUGGACUCCUGUAUGGAGGCCUGAACUGCACCGAGGCUCUGAUUGGCUGUGAGGAUCAUGGGUGUCUAAGUGGAGGCACGUGCUUUCCGUUCUUCAGCGAGGAUCGGCACGGGCACGUCUGCAUCUGCCCCAGUGGCUUCAGCGGCUCAGAGUGCCAGAAAUCGACGACCUUUUCUUUUGAGGGGAGUGGCUACCUUCACUUGGUGUCUCCUACGAGUGACUCUGAGAGCUUCUUUAACAUGACAUUGAGUUUCAGGACGGUGCUGGCCAACGCUGUCCUGUUUCAGUGGGAGGAUGGAGAGUUUCUAAUCAGGCUGAAGCUGGAGAAUGGCCAUUUACACCUGGAACUGCAGAGAAACGGUUCUCUGAAUGGGGUCCUAGAGCUGCCUCACCACAUGGCGGAUUUAGAAUGGCACUCUGUGGAAGUCACGCUCGGAGGAGAAACCCUGAAGAUGAGGACGCUCGAUGGUAUGUGUCACCAACAUUGUGGGGAGGAGGUCUAUAUACAAAGCAGACAGCUGGGCCGGAGCUCUGCGUUUCAGAGAACCUUCAUCGGAGGGCUUGGAGUGGAGGAAACCAGCAGUGGGCCAGCAGAGGCCACACCCCCUCACUUCAUUGGCUGUCUACGAGACGUGCGUCUGAACUCUCAGCUCUUACUUCCUGAUACACGGGACGGCGAUGUGGCAGUAAAUGUGAGCCCUGGAUGCAGAGACAGGCACAUGUGCAAAGACGAUCCAUGUGAGGCUAGAGGCCGCUGCAUAAACCUGUGGCAGAACCGACAGUGCGAGUGUUACAGGCCAUACGUGGGUCAGAACUGUUCAGAGGAAAACAUCCCAGCUAGGUUUGGAAAUGAUAACUGGCCAAGCUACGCUGUUUUUACCGUCGACGACAAUCCUGGCCCUAACAAUGUCAUCUCCAUGUUCAUUGGCACCACGAAACAUGCAGGAUUGCUAUUGGUUAUCGCAAACAGCACUAACCAGUACCUUAGGAUCUGGUUGGACGGUGGAUUCGUACAGGUUCAAGCCAACGAUUUUGAGAUGCUCCAUGGGGAGCAGUUUGUGAGUGACGGGAAUUUUCACCUCGUGACUGUGGAGACAGAGGAGGACCGGAUGUCCCUCUUUCAGUCUGGUCAGAAACAUGGUAUCACCACAACGAUACAAACCCUACAAAUCCGACCCAAAGACAAGGUGCACCUGGGCGGCUUGGUGGAUCAACCUGCCUCCUCCUUGUUUGGGGGUUAUUUUAAAGGCUGUAUUCAGGAUUUGCGUGUAAAUUCCAAGCACCUGCAGUUUUAUCCAGUUGGAACACCAAUAAGCUCCUAUACUCUAGACACCAUUGUUAAUGUUACACGCGGUUGCACCAGCGACAACAUCUGCAAUAAAAAGCCUUGCCACAAUGGGGGAAUGUGUCAUCCCCUUUGGGACGACUUCUCCUGCACCUGCCCACCAAAUGCCACCGGGAGGAGCUGUGAGCGUGUGCGGUGGUGCCAGCUGGCACCGUGCCCCCCCACGGCAGUCUGUCAGCCCAGUGGCGAGGGCUUCGACUGCAUUUCCAAUGCGACCUUUCAGGAUGGCAGCAGUCUUAUGGUCUACAGAACCAAUGGGAAAAUUAUUCGCAAUCUGACAAAUGUCUCCUUCAGCAUUCGGACAAGGAAGUACAACGUAACCAUUCUGCAUGCAGUAAAAGAGCCGGAUAUUUUCACUGUAUUUGUCCAAGAUUCUUUCCUCUUCCUGGAGCUACGCAGUGGCAACAGCUCCUUCACACUGAGUUUGAAGAGUCAGCGUGUGAUCAGCGAUGGAGAAUGGCACUCAGUGGAGCUCUCCAUGGUGACUCCUUCGUCUCCCACCUCCCAGUGGUCCAUGGUCAUAGACAAAGGAAGCCACUCCACCAUUUCUGGUGACAGUGCUGGGAAUCUGGACUUCCUCAAGGACAGGGCAGAUGUUCUUCUGGGGGGAUCAGUUCCAGAUGCAGCCGGGAACUUGGUUGGGUGCCUGAGUACAGUAGAAAUCGGUGGUAUCGUGCUGCCCUACUAUGGAGACUCUGAGCUGAACCAUCCAAGGUUCCAGGAAGAACAGUUCAUCAAAACGACCACUGAGCCGGUAUCAAGUGGCUGCACAGGGAAGAGUGUCUGUGAGGCCACACCCUGCGUGAACGGGGGCAUAUGUGAAGACCUCUUUAAUCUCUCAGCAUGUACUUGCUCCCCUGGUUGGACAGGGAAGCAUUGUGAAGUCAACACAGACUGGUGCCUCUCCAGCCCUUGUGUCCACGGCAACUGCAGCACCCUGACUCUGGGAUAUGAAUGUGUGUGUGAGGCAGGCUACACGGGAGUCAACUGUGAGGGUGAAUUGGACUUCUGUGAGGGAAACAAGUGUGCGCAUGGUGCCACCUGCCUCCACAGGGUCCAGAAGUACUCCUGCCUCUGUCCAGAUGGCUACUAUGGUCCUUAUUGCACUGAGCCAGUUGAAGAGAUUCCCUGGCAUAUAGUCCAGAAUCAUCGUCCCAGGCUGCCGGUGUCCAUCUGCGGGAACAAGUUGAAGAACUACACCUGUUACAAUGGUGGGAACUGCUCAGAGACCGGGAUGAUGUGCGACUGCCUGGCGGGCUUCGUCGGGGACCGGUGUGAGGUGGAAAUUAACGAGUGCGCAUCCCACCCCUGUGUGAACGGAGGGUUCUGCUUGAACAUGAUCAACAAGUUCUACUGCAACUGUCCCAUCAACUUCGCUGGGGAGACGUGCCAGAUUGAUCUAAACGGCGAUGGUCUGACGUCCCAGCUCCUGCUGUCUGCCUGCCUGGUCUUGGUGGCACUGCUCCUCGCCAUUUUCCUGACUUUUGCUGCCCUCGCUGUGGUUGUGAAGCGAAGGGCGUCCCAUGGCGCCUACAGCCCCAGCAGGCAGGAGAAGGAGGGCUCCAGGGUAGAGAUGUGGAACAUGGUACAGCCUCCACCCAUGGAGAGACUCAUUUAAAAGGCACCCACCCCCGCCACCCGCAAGAUGGUACGGCCUGCCGGGCAGAUGCAUCAAAGUGAGCGUCUGUUCCUCAGUAUGGCCGGCAAGCUCUCAGGACGUUCAGAAGCCGCCGGAACCGCCAAAAGGGAAUACGCAGCCAGGAUGCGGACGCGAUCUACAACAAAAUGGCAAACGACCCGGAUCUUUUACCCAGGAACUACACCACAGACAAAUGGCUGAGAUGCAUCUGGACAAACUGGCAAGGAUACUAGACACCAGUCUUGGAUAAGUGCAGUCUUUGUAUUUGUUUAAUGGGUCAAAAUAUCAUUACUGAUGGUACGUUGCACUUGGGUAUAAUGUAAUACUUUAUCUGUUACUACUUAAAAGGGAUUGUGUUAAAUUGUGUGAUAUUGUUCUCUGUGGUUUAAUUUAUGAUGUACUAGAAAAACAAAAUAGUUUUAGCGAAUUAGUUAUAUUUAGAUAUUUUUGUAUAUUUGUAAAUUAUAAAUAUCUGAUAUCUCAUUCUCCUGAUUUACUCUUAGUGCCUUUUAAUGCACUUUGCCACCAACCCACACUUUCUUAUUCUUUUGGAACUUCAUAUCGCAGACAAGAUUCAAAGAUUCCUGAUAAGAGCCAUUUUAAUUGUUCAAUGAUGCAUUCUCAGUUUCACAGAUCUGCAAGGAGCUUAUAAAAGCCGCCCAAAUGUCACCUGCUUACAAAAGAAAGUUAUGUAAACUUCCUGGAAAAACGUUUAGAUCUGCAUUUCCUACUCAAGGUAUUAAAAUCAACUAAAUACGAUUAAAUCAGGAUAGCUGAAUGCAGGUGGCCAUAUAUUCAAAAGCAGAACCAACACGUCUGGCAUCAACGAAUGCACCACAUUCAAAAUCUCUCAGCUGGAGCAUCCUAGCUGUUCUAAAGCUUAGCAGAGCAGUUACUAAACCCAACCACUGAUUAUAUUUAUUUUGCCAUUUUGCUCUGUAGUAACUAGUCAUUUGUAUUUUAGUCUGUAGUCCAGAAUGACUGUUGGUGAGGAGGGAAAACAAACCAACAAAAAUUGAAUAAACAUCCAUAUUUUGUUUU